AGGAAGUCCAUCGUUACAUACAACAGAGCACAACCUGUCAAUUUUACGGAGUUUUCAUCCAUAUAAAGACUGCUUAUUCCUGUUAUGUCGUUUUAGUACUUGCAAUGGAGACAGGAAUGGCGCCUUUAGUUCGGGAUUUAUUUGGUGGUGUUAUAAAAGCAGUUAUCCCUGCUGAAGCAAAGGAUGUCAGUGAAAUGAGAGAAAUCCCAGAUAACCAAGAAGUAUUUUGCCAUUCAGCCACUGAUCAAAGCAUCAUGAUAGAUAUACUAGAGUACCAAAACCACGUACAGGGAGAAAAUGCCGUAAGAUACCACUUUGAUGACAUAGCAAACAGCAAUGAAUCCUCGGACACUUACGAGGUUGUCAAGAUUGAACCAAUUCCAAUGGAGAAACUGUCAAUGAAACAGUGUUCUGAUGCUUGGCUUCUUAGAGGAAGGCAGUUAGUUUCAAAAUUUAAGGAAGGGAAUGAAGCCAAAAAUGUUGUGGAGAUAUCUCUAGCAUUAUUUCGACUCCCCCAGUAUUCAACAGAUAUUGUGGUAACCUUUAAUAAUCCAACUAAUAUAAGUCAAUCAAGCAGUAGUUGCAAGCCUGUAUCCAGUGGUUCGGCAGGUUCUUCUAGCACAUGGACAGAAGAAACAUUUUAUUUCAGUGUGACAAGUCUUUCUCUGGUUCACCCUGAACUGUUGUUUGGAGAAAAUACCUAAAUAAAAAUAUUCAAAAACCCA